CUCUCAUAUUGCACCCGGUUUUGCAGUAUUGAUGUAUCGUCUUUCUUCACAAACACAAAAUACGCACUACAGAACACAGAGCAAAACCCUAGUCACCUGAACCUGGGAAAGUGUUCAGCUGUACCACAGUUUCUGCAGGAAUCUGCAUGCCAAUGGCGGACGAGCCUAGACCGAAGAGGUCCAGGAUUUUGAGGGGUGACGAUGACUACAUGCCAGGAAACAUAACUAAAAUUGAGCUCUGCAACUUUAUGACCUUCAAUAAACUGAUCUGUAAGCCAGCCUCCCGCUUAAAUUUGGUUGUUGGACCAAAUGGAUCAGGAAAAAGUUCUCUUGUUUGUGCCAUAGCACUAGGGCUUGGAGGUGAACCUCAGCUUCUGGGGAGGGCUACUAGCAUUGGUGCUUAUGUGAAGCGUGGGGAGGAGCAUGGGUACAUUGAAAUUUGCCUGAGAGGAGAAACCAAGGAAGAGCCUAUCACAGUUACAAGGAAAAUAGAUACUCGUAACAAAUCUGAGUGGCUGUAUAAUGGUAAAGUGGUAGCGAAAAAGGAGAUUAAUGAAGUAAUACAAAGAUUCAACAUCCAAGUCAAUAAUUUGACUCAAUUUCUACCACAAGACAGGGUUUGUGAGUUUGCCAAGCUAACCCCCGUGCAACUCCUUGAAGAGACUGAAAAAGCUGUUGGGGACCCCCAAUUACCUGUUCAGCAUAGGACUCUCAUAUCAAAGAGUCAGGAGUUGAAGAAGUUCGAACGAGCUGUUGCCAGCAAUGAAGGUUUGUUGGAUCAACUCAAGGCCCAAAAUGCAGAACUAGAAAAAGAUGUUGAACGUGUUCGCCAAAGAGAAGAUCUCUUAGCAAAGGCUGACUCUAUGAAGAAAAAGUUGCCUUGGUUAAAGUAUGAUAUGAAGAAGGCAGAGUAUAUGGGAGCCAAAAAUCAGGAGAUUGAAGCAAAGGGGAAGCUAGACGAGGCUGUCAGAGCUCUUAAAAACCUUUUGGACCCCAUUGAAAAACAGAAGGCAGAUAACGCAAAAUUGGAGGCUAAAGUGAAAAAGAUAAACGGUUUGCUAGACAGAAACAUGAAGAAGCGUAUGCAGCUUUUGGACAACUAUAACCGUUUAGGAGUACUAGUACAAGGGGCAUAUGAUGAAGUGAAUGAUUUGAGGCAUCAGGAAGAAUCUCGCCAAUUAAGAAUCUCUAAAGCUAAGGAAGAUCUUGCCACUGCUGAGGCUGAACUCAGGAAUUUUCCUCCUUAUGAACCUCCACGACAGAAGAUGGAAAAUUUAAGUGCUCGAAUUGUGGAGCUGGAAGAAUCUGCGAAAGAGAUGAGAUAUCAUAAAAGAGAAAAGGAGAAGGAUUUAAACCAAUGCAAAAUGAACCUGACGCAGUGUAUGCAAAGGUUAAGGGAAAUGGAGAAUGUCAACAAUAAGCGAUUACAAGCUUUAAAAAGUUCUGGUGCUGAGAACAUCUUUGAGGCGUAUCAAUGGGUUCAGGAGCACCGGAGCAUGUUCAAUAUGGAAAUUUAUGGCCCUGUAUUGCUUGAGGUGAACAUUGCCAAUCGAUUUCAUGCUGACUACCUAGAGGGCCAUGUUGCCCGUUACAUAUGGAAGGCUUUUAUCACUCAGGAUUCCAAUGAUCGUGAUUUACUGUAUAAAAAUCUGAAACCCUUUGGUGUUCCCGUUAUCAAUCAUGUUAAUGAUGGUGGCAACCGAGAGCCCUUUUGUAUGACGGAAGAAAUGCGUAAACUUGGCAUAUCUUCAAGGCUUGACCAAGUCUUUGAAGCUCCCCAUGCUGUCAAAGAAGUUUUGAUUGGUCAAUUUGGACUGGAUCACUCAUACAUUGGAUCAAAAGAAACUGAUGAGAAAGCUGACCUGGUCUUUAGAUUGGGAAUUAUGGACGUCUGGACACCAGAAAAUCAUUAUCAUUGGUCCAGAUCCCGCUAUGGCAGUCAUGUGUCUGGAAAUGUUGAAUCAGUAGGCCAAUCUCGACUUCUUUUAUGCAAUUUGGAUGUUAAGGAAAUUGACAUUGCCAGAUCGAAGAAAGUAGAACUGGAGGAGCAAAUUUCUGCCAUAGAUGCAGAUUUGAAGUCUCUGCAAAUUGCAUUAAGACAGAAGGAAGAUGAAGCAGCUGAACUUCAGCGCGAACGGGAGGAGAUUGUUAACGUCAUGCAAAACAAGAAGAAAAAAUUGAGGGAGUUGGAACAAACUGUCAACCAAAGGAGAAUAAAGUUGAAGUCGAUAGAAAGAGAGGAUGAUCCAGAUGCUGCAAUAGCAAAGCUCACUGACAAGGUUAAUGAAUUAAAGAGUCAGCGUUUCCAUGGUGCUAUUGAGGUUAAGAAUUUGCUCAUUGAGGCUGUUGCUUAUCGAAGAAGUUUUGCUGAAAAUAACAUGAGCUCCAUUGAACUUGAAGCUAAGAUUAAGGAGAUGGAAUCCAAUGCAAAGCAACAGGAGAAGAUAGCUAUGCAAGCAUCCCAAAAUCUUGAAAAUCGUAAGAGUGUCACGGAGAAUCUCCGACAUCAGCUGUCGGUUGCUAUGGAGCAUGCAAAAUCAGUUGCUGUAAUUACUCCUGAGCUUUCACAGGCCUUUCGAAAGGUUAUUAUCCUGGCUGAACUUAUGAUGCUGCAAAGUAUUGAUGUGCUUUUAAUGCCUGCUACUAUUGAAGAGUUGGAGGCAACAAUACAAGAUACAAUAUCACAAGCCAAUUCUAUCCUUUUCCUUAACAAUAACAUCUUAGAGGAAUAUGAAAGCCGUCAACGGAAGAUUGGGGAACUGACAAGGAAGCAAGAAAUGGAUGGAAAGGAAUUAAAGGACUUACUUGAUGAAAUCAAUGCUCUGAAGGGACGUUGGCUUCCAACAUUGAGAAAUCUCGUGACUCGGAUUAAUGAAACUUUUAGUCGCAAUUUUCAAGAGAUGGCUGUAGCAGGCGAGGUGUCUUUAGACGAACGCGACACAGAUUUUGAUCAAUAUGGAAUCCUAAUCAAAGUAAAGUUCAGGCAAACUGGACAGCUUCAGGUUUUAAGUGCCCAUCACCAAUCAGGCGGGGAGCGCUCAGUUUCGACCAUUCUCUACCUUGUUUCUUUACAAGACCUUACAAACUGCCCAUUUAGGGUAGUUGAUGAGAUCAAUCAAGGUAUGGACCCCAUAAACGAGAGGAAAAUGUUUCAGCAAUUGGUCAGAGCAGCAAGCCAGCCAAACACUCCACAGUGUUUUCUGCUGACCCCGAAAUUGCUACCAAAUCUAGAAUACAGUGAUGCAUGCAGCAUUCUUACUGUUAUGAACGGACCUUGGAUUGAGCAGCCUUCGAAAGUGUGGAGUGGUGGUGACAGCUGGGGAUCUCUGAGACUCCCAAUAGGAGAAAACCAGUGCUGAGAGUUCGUAUUUGUUGAUAAAUAGCGUGGAAGUUUUCAUUGUUUAGAUAGGAACAUAUGGUUUUUCUGUUUGGCAGAAUUUGAUGUAUUUUGGAUUAUUCAAUUUUUGACCAUAACUCUAAAUUGGCUCUUUGUAUAUAUGAAUGACAUCCGUGUUCUGGAUUCCUUUUCACGUUUGCGUUCUCUCCUGAAGUUUGAAGAGCAUUCUUUGUAUGUGAUAUUUUGGGUAGCCACAAUGAACAAUGUUAUCCUAAGA